AUGAUUCCACCUGCCGAGUCUCUCCUGAAAUACGAUAAUCCAGUUUUGGUCAGCAAAACCACAGAUAGAAAAUCCCCAAAGGGACGUCCUUUGAAAGUGAGCCCUCAGCAGUCUGCCGACUCUUCCCCUGUGCCACCACCUCCUAAACCGAAGUCUGCUGCUACAGAGGCCACCAAGCAACAACAUGAGGAGAUCCUCAACGCCAUCCUUCCCCCCAGGGAAUGGAUGGAGGGAAACCAACUGUGGGUGCAGCAGGUGUCCAGUGCCCCUUGUACGCGCACAGACGUGGUGCGUCUAGAAGAACUAUUGGACACAAAGGUGCAACAAAGGCAAGCCAGAAACACAGGAAUCUGCCCGGUCCGCAGGGAGCUAUAUUCCCAAUGCUUUGACGAGCUGAUCAGACAGGUGACCAUCAAUUGUGCUGAGAGGGGUCUGCUGCUGCUGCGGGUUAGAGAUGAGAUUCAAAUGACCAUUGCUGCCUACCAGACACUGUAUGAGAGCAGCGUGGCUUUUGGCAUGAGGAAGGCACUGCAGGCUGAACAGGGCAAGGAUGACAUGGAGAAAAGAAUUUCUGAGCUGGAGAAUGAAAAACAAGACCUAAAGAAGCAACUCAAUGAACAAAAAGCUAAGUGUGAUGCAGUUGAAAAGAGGGAAAGCGAAAAGCGUCAGGUGGAGGAAAAGAAGCAUACAGAAGAGAUUCAGUUCCUGAAGAGAACCAACCAGCAGCUCAAGACCCAGCUGGAGGGGAUCAUUACACCAAAAAAGUGAAUACGACAAACAAG